GUCUAAUUCGCCUGCAGGAGCUCAUCAAAGCCCCUUCUAGAUACAACAUUAAAAUCAAAAUCCGCCAGCUGCCCUCUGGGAAUAAAGAUGCCAGGCCUUUACUCAAGGAGAUGAAGAAGGGCAAGGAGUUCUACGUGAUAUUUGAUUGCUCACAUGAAACGGCAGCAGAAAUCCUUAAGCAGAUUCUCUCCAUGGGAAUGAUGACCGAAUACUACCACUACUUUUUUACAACACUGGAUCUAUUUGCAUUAGACCUGGAACCCUACAGAUACAGCGGAGUAAAUAUGACGGGGUUUCGCCUGCUCAACAUCGAGAACCCACAGGUUUCGUCGGUCAUUGAGAAAUGGUCAAUGGAACGUCUGCAGGCACCGCCGAAACCGGAGACCGGCCUCCUCGAUGGCAUGAUGACAACAGAAGCAGCUCUGAUGUACGAUGCUGUUUACAUGGUAGCAGUGGCCUCCCAGCGUGCCUCCCAAAUGACUGUCAGCUCCUUGCAGUGUCACAGACACAAGCCGUGGCGUUUUGGACCCAGAUUUAUGAAUCUGAUAAAAGAGGCACGGUGGGAUGGCCUGACAGGGCGCAUAACCUUCAACAAAACGGACGGCUUACGGAAGGAUUUUGAUUUGGACGUUAUUAGCCUCAAGGAGGAAGGAACAGAAAAGGCUGCUGGCGAGGUUUCUAAUCAUUUAUAUAAAGUGUGGAAGAAGAUUGGGGUUUGGAACUCGUACAGUGGCCUUAACAUGACCGACAGCAACAAGGACCGAUCGACCAACAUCACGGAUUCCUUGGCUAACCGGACGCUUAUCGUCACCACCAUUUUGGAAGACCCCUAUGUUAUGUACAAGAAGUCUGACAAGCCCUUGUAUGGAAAUGACAGAUUCGAGGGUUAUUGCCUGGACUUACUAAAGGAGCUGUCAAAUAUUUUAGGCUUCAUCUAUGAGGUCAAACUAGUCUCUGAUGGUAAAUAUGGAGCCCAGAAUGACAAAGGAGAGUGGAAUGGGAUGGUCAAAGAACUCAUAGAUCACAAAGCUGAUCUGGCUGUUGCUCCUCUCACCAUUACCUAUGUAAGAGAGAAAGUAAUUGAUUUUUCCAAGCCCUUCAUGACGCUGGGAAUCAGUAUCUUGUACCGGAAACCCAAUGGGACAAACCCUGGUGUUUUCUCCUUUUUAAACCCUCUUUCUCCUGAUAUUUGGAUGUAUGUUCUCCUAGCCUGCCUUGGAGUCAGUUGUGUCCUCUUUGUCAUUGCAAGGUUUACACCAUAUGAAUGGUAUAACCCCCACCCGUGCAACCCAGACUCAGAUGUGGUGGAAAACAAUUUUACUUUACUAAAUAGUUUCUGGUUUGGAGUUGGAGCUCUCAUGCAGCAAGGAUCAGAGCUGAUGCCCAAAGCUCUUUCUACCAGAAUAGUUGGAGGAAUAUGGUGGUUUUUCACCUUAAUCAUAAUCUCAUCCUAUACUGCCAACCUGGCUGCCUUCCUGACCGUGGAGAGGAUGGAAUCCCCCAUUGAUUCCGCAGACGAUUUGGCAAAGCAAACCAAGAUAGAGUACGGGGCUGUUAGAGACGGAUCCACCAUGACCUUCUUCAAGAAAUCCAAAAUAUCAACCUAUGAGAAGAUGUGGGCGUUCAUGAGCAGCAGGCAGCAGACGGCGCUGGUGAAGAACAACGACGAGGGAAUCCAGCGCGUGCUCACGACGGACUAUGCGCUGCUGAUGGAGUCGACCAGCAUAGAGUACGUGACGCAGAGGAACUGCAAUCUCACCCAGAUCGGGGGGCUCAUUGAUUCGAAAGGCUACGGCGUGGGAACCCCCAUUGGGUCUCCUUACAGAGACAAGAUCACCAUCGCCAUCCUCCAGCUCCAAGAAGAGGGAAAGCUGCACAUGAUGAAGGAGAAGUGGUGGCGAGGCAACGGCUGCCCCGAGGAGGACAGCAAGGAAGCCAGCGCUCUCGGGGUCGAGAAUAUUGGGGGCAUCUUCAUAGUGCUCGCCGCAGGGCUCGUUCUUUCGGUGUUUGUAGCCAUUGGUGAAUUUAUAUACAAAUCAAGGAAAAACAGCGAUAUUGAGCAGUGUCUUUCUUUCAAUGCGAUCAUGGAGGAGCUUGGAAUUUCACUCAAGCAUCAGAAGAAGUUAAAGAAAAGGUCGAGAACUAAGGGGAAAUCUUCGUUCACGAGUAUCCUUACUUGUCACCAGAGGCGGACACUGAGGAAAGAAACCAUAGCGUGAGCAGGAGAGACCCCCUCUGAGGAAAUAUCAGGAACAAAAAACAAAACCAUUGCUACCUACAAGCUGAUUGUGGUGGGAUUUCUGAAAUAUAGACAUUUACCUUGUUCUUCAGAAAUUCUCUGUGGUUUCUUUUUUUAAUCUAGAGGUACAGCAGUUUAAAUGCUCACAUAGACUGAUGUACUACUAAUCGUCUGGGAAGUGUCUCACUAUUUCUUUUGAGAUGGAUUUGUAUGCUCAUCUGUUUUGCAUCUCUCUCUUCCCCUCCCCAUGCAUCGCUGUUUGUGCUUUCUAAAUAAAUAAAUAAACAAAAGACAGGGUUCUUUUUUCCAAUAA